AUGUCUGCUUGGACUUGCCACGGCUUCCAACCACUUUUCGCGCAUCCGGACCUGAAUCGCCCUCAGAAGGGAAUGCUUGGAGAAGUCCUGAAAGACCAAAGACCUGAAAGAACCGGUUUGUUUCUGGUUUUGCUUCCAGCGCCUCACCUUUGCAAUGGACUGUGUCGAGUCAAAGACUUUUUCUAUCUUUACUUUUUCGAUCUACCCACACCCAACCGAGCCAAUGAUUGUCCAGGUUUUGGGACCGCUUCCAAAAAAGGAGUUUGCCGGAGACGUGUAGCUUGCCAUGGACAACGACUGGCGUGUCGUUGUCCAUGGACACACCAGUCGUUGUCCAUGGCGAGCCACACGGACAAUGGUCAA